GUUUUUCCUCUUCACUUUUUCAGGACGAAUAUUUCCAAACUGCCCUCUCGCACACUUUUCUCAACUUUGCAUUCCACCUUGCUCUCGACAUUUCGCCAUGGCAACUAAGAGAAAAGAUCCUCCACUUUAUACCCUGACCGCUGGAUCCCUUGCAGGAGCAAUUGAGGCUACGAUCACAUACCCCACAGAGUUCGUCAAGACACAGCUUCAACUGCAACAAGGAUCCAAGAGCGCGGUCCGUCAGGGCGUACCACCUCCCAAAGGGCCGAUUGAUAUCCUGGUUGGCACUGUGAGAACUCAUGGAAUUACGGCUAUCUACAGGGGCCUGUCUGCCAUGGUGAUUGGCAACACAGCCAAGGCAGGCGUCCGCUUCUUUGCGUUCGAUCAGUAUAAGCAACUACUCAAGGAUUCAGAAGGCAAGACCACAGGGAUCAGAUCGGUUCUUGCGGGACUGGGUGCUGGAAUGACGGAGGCGGUGCUUGUUGUUACACCUUCAGAAACGAUCAAGACGAAACUUAUUCACGACGGAAAUUUACCAAAUCCUCAAUACCGCGGAUUGGUACAUGGCGUCCAGUCGAUCGUCAAGGCUGAGGGACUUGGAGGGAUCUACCGAGGCGUAAUUCCAGUGAUGGCUCGUCAGGGUGCAAACAGUGCUGUCCGGUUUGGCGUGUACUCCUCAUUGAGCGACUUCGCCAAGACGAGAGUAGCCCCAGGGACACAACUGCCUGCGGCAUAUACGUUCGGAAUCGGGGCCAUUGCUGGAAUUAUCACAGUGUACACGACCAUGCCUUUAGAUGUGGUCAAGACCAAGAUGCAGGGACUCAACGCCCGUGAGCUCUACAGCGGCGUUUUCGAUUGCUGCUGGAAGGUGUUCAAGAGCGAAGGCAUUUUGAGUUUCUGGAACGGAGCCACGCCACGACUCGCGCGUCUCUCGAUGUCUGGAGGAAUUGUAUUCAGUAUCUAUGAGAGCACGAUGACUGUCCUUAGACGGCUUGACGAUUGAGGUCCUAUCGGGUCUUAAAUUAUCGACCAAGGCAGGGACAUGGAGCUCAUGGAUGGUCCUUCAAGAAUCACCAGAGAUGGGGACCUAUUACAAUCACAAUGACAGCGAGAUCGAUUCCGCAGACAGCUUUGCAUUUCGGUCUACUAACCCUUCAUAACACCACAGCCUGUAGAAACAUAAUAAAGAGUAUACAUUUAG